AUGGGAGAAGAUGACACCGCCCAGAGGCAGAGGCGCAGGAAGAACAGGAAAGAAAUAAGAGCUGUCCCCCAUGUCCCCCAGAUCCUGCCCGAGGGGAAGGUAGAGGUUCAACCAGACCUGAACCCUAAGGAGGCUGGGCCUGAUGGCCCCUCCCAGUCCUUCCUUUGUGCCACAGCUGCCGCCACCGCUGGCCCUGGGGCGCCCCUGUCCCCAGAUGAAUUGCUUCCGAAGGGCGAUGCCGAGAAGCCAGAGGAGGAGCUGGAGGAGGAAGACGACGAGGAGCUAGACGAGACCCUGUCGGAGAGACUGUGGGGUCUGACGGAGAUGUUCCCGGAGAGGGUCCGGUCCAUGGCUGGAGCCACUUUUGAUCUCUCCCUCUUCGUGGCCCAGAAAAUGUACAGGUUUUCCAGGGCAGCCUUGUGGAUUGGAACCACUUCCUUCAUGAUCGUGGUUCUUCCGGUCAUCUUUGCGACUGAGAAGUUGCAGGUGGAGCAACAGCAGCAGCUGCAGCAAGGGCAAACACUUCUAGGGCCUAAUACAGGGCUGUCAGGAGGAAUGCCCGGGGCUCUACCUUCACUUCCUGGAAAGAUCUAGAUUGUUACUGCUAUGUUUGACCUG